GCGAACUCCCCACUUUCCCCAGUGCUUUUGGGGUCACAACUGGCAGCCCGUUAAUUUCUAGCGCGAAUGAUUUCGGCUGCCCGUCAUUCGGCGCCCAGACCGCAUCCUGGCCACUGGGCGAUUCCGCUCUGGGCCGGAACGCUAGCCUCCCGCCGCGCCUCAUUCCCUCCUACCGUCUCUCUAUGGCACUCAAUGAAUGGCUCCCGUGAUUGUGGGCCAGCCCCCCGAAGCGUCCCUGGUCUCUCGGGGCGGGUUCGCCCUGCUUCUGUCCCGGCCAAGUUCGCGCUAGGCUGACGAUUCCUUCUGCAAGAAUCUGGAACCGGCAAAGUGGAGAUGUUUGGAUUUCUGGGGUCGGUGCUCGCCUUCUUUAUCUCCGUCCCUCUUUCGAUAUUUCUGGCCGCCCCUUAUAUCAGGAAAUAUAUUGCAGGAGGAGUGUGCAAGUCUACAGCUAAGUUGAAUGGGAAGGUUGUAGUGAUCACAGGAGCCAACACUGGCAUUGGAAAGGAAACAGCCAGAGACCUUGCAAGAAGAGGUGCUAGAGUCAUCCUUGCUUGCAGAGAUAUGGUAAAGGCAGAAACAGCAGUUUCUGAAAUUCGGGACACAACUGGAAACCAGGACGUUUUUGCGAAGAAAUUAGACUUGGCAGAUACCAAGUCUAUCAGAGAAUUUGCUGAGAAUUUCCUGAAAGAGGAGAAAGAGCUUCAUAUCCUCAUCAACAAUGCAGGGGUUAUGCUGUGCCCCUACUCCAAGACAGUGGAUGGCUUUGAGAUGCACCUGGGAGUCAACCACCUUGGACACUUCCUUUUAACAUUUCUGCUGAUAGAGCGACUGAAGCAAUCUGCGCCAGCUCGCAUAGUGAAUGUGUCAUCCAUGGCUCAUCACGGAGGGAAGAUUCGCUUUCAUGAUCUCCAGGGUGAGAAGAGCUACAACCGGGGCCUGGCCUAUUGUCACAGCAAACUGGCCAAUAUUCUGUUUACUCGGGAGCUGGCUAAACGACUGCAAGGUUCGGGUGUUACCGUAAAUGCCCUGCAUCCAGGUACAGUCUCUUCUGAAUUGGCCCGUCAUUCAUCUGUACUGUAUUUUCUGUCAAAGAUUCUGCCUUUUUUCUUGAAGACCCCUGUAGAAGGAGCCCAAACAAGUGUGUAUUGUGCAGUGGCAGAGGAGCUGGACACAGUGAGUGGGAAGUAUUUCAGUGACUGCAAGCCAGCAUAUAUAUCUCCUCAAGGGCACAAUGAUGAAACAGCAAGGCAACUCUGGAAUGUGAGCUGUGAACUCCUAGGCAUUCAUUGGGAUUGAAUCAUGGACAGCACCUUACCUGUAGUUGUACACCCCUAAAAAAGAAAACACUGCCAGAACUAAAGGCCACAAAUCUGAUUUGAGAUGAACAAAAUUCAAAAUGUUUGAGAUGUAGAAGAAAGAAGUUUAGGGCUGUUU